AUCCUAGUUUCGCAAUGACUACAUCUAGACCCCCAGCGUGUCGCAUAUGUCGAUUGCCGUUUUCGCGCAACAUUCUUUCCCAACAUAAUGAAUGCUGUUUUUGUGGACGAGUAUUUCGUCGCGUGGACGGUGCCAAGAGACAUGUCAAGAGCUGCCCUUUACGGGGUAACCGGCCUUUACCAGCACAUAUGAAGCGUGGAAGGAAAGUGCAUGCUUGUGACACAUGCUCUCGCACAAAGGUCUCAUGCGACUCAAAGAUUCCCUGCACACGUUGCUCUUCCCGAAACCUCAAUUGCACUUACAGACGACUUUGCAACGAUCCAACUCACCUUGCUAAUAGUAUAAUUGGGCAAGAACUUCUAUCCAGAGACAAAAAUCGCAAUAGAUUGUCAUUUAUGCUCGCCUGUACAGAUCCUUGUGCCGGUCCGGUCGACGAGGUAUUAAUAACUAGAGAACCGAAAGAUGAGGCAUUCCAAGCCCCUAUACUGGAUACUCCAGCGAAUUUGAAUCCCAUAGCUGACACGAUUGACCCUCGCGUUUUGUUCUUGAGCCUCAUUGGCCCAUCGUUCAGUACGGAUUUGGACUUUGACGACUUAAACGAUGCUCCUGAGCGGAGGACGCAAGACCGAUUAAGCCUGGACAAAUCGGACCAGGAGCUCCAAGAAUUGGUCAGCAUUUUAGCCUUUGAGCUUCAUCAAAUCGCAGGCCAAGACACGCAUCUACAGAGUUGUGUGAACACGUCAUGUUUUGACGAGUUCUUCACGGUUCCAAACUUCCGCGACUGCAUAAAAGUCUUCUUCCAACGGGAACAGCUUCUGGCUACUGUCAUACAUGGCUCGACGUUCCGCCCAAACCAUGUAGAUCCGACUCUUUUGCUCGCUGUGGUCGUGGCUGGGUCCGUAUAUCUUCAUUACCGACAAGGCAGCGUGGGGUUCACAUCUUUUCUGUUGACGUUGCGAGCCAUCGCCGAAAAGUUCGUCUUUCAAAGCGUCGAAGAACUGGUUGGCUCGACCUACGAGGCGUCUUCGGACGCUCAGCGCACGCUCGAAAUAUGUCAAGCGGCAUACAUCGUUGUGACCUUGCAAUUUUGCGUCAAAGACGUCAACAUCCGACAGCGUCUCGUCACAAAGUGCCACCCAACGCUUGUGGAUCUGUUGCGGAACCGCAAGAUGACGGGAACCAGACACAGCGCACCGGGCUCGGAACAGAGUUGGCACACUUUCGUGUACAAGGAGUCGUGCAUCAGGCUCGUGCAUUGGGUUUUCAUUAACGAUGCGUGGUUCACUCUCUUCUCUAACCACCCUCCCGCAAUGACAUUUUUGGACAUGAGCGGCCAUCUGCCGUGCAGAGACGAACUUUGGAACGCAGACUGUCCGGAGGACUUCAUGCGCGUCGUGUCCCAGGAAGGAGGUGCCGUCGGCACCCCGUGUUUGAAGUCGCUCAUGUCGGGACUGCUUGGAGAGGAAUGGACUGAACACACAAUGGCUUUAUACGGGCUCCUGGACGUCAAACACUUCCUCACAAUCAUUUUUGCUUUUCAGCACGUCAUAUUUCACCACCAUCAUCUCCAAACCUUAGUGUCUCUCGAAAAUAGCACGUCUGUCCUAUCCCGUGGGUUAGAACGGUGGAGCGAGUUAUGGCGCAUUGCGUCGAGCCGUGCCGAGAUACAGGAGCGGAACUCUCUCGGCCUCGCGAAGUACUCCGAUGAACUUGGAUUCCUAUUCAGGCGUCUUAUCGAGGCCGGUGACGAGGAGAGCAUGCAGCUGAAAUUUCUGCACCGAAGUGUAACAUAUGACACGGCGUCCCUGCACCAAUUCGUCCAAAAAUGCGCCGAAUAAAUUGUUCACGUUCUUAAAAGCGUAUUCAAAACCCGAGAUCAUUGCACGUUAAAGGUGGCUUUUCGCGUCAGCCCAUUUUACUCAAAGAACAAUAGCUUAUAAGAGUGAAAACUGUACUCUUCUCUGCAGGAAAUCUGGAGACUGAAUUAGAC